AUGCUGGUGUUGUUCCAGGAUCGUCUGCGUACGUUCUUUGAGGAGAUGGGAUGGAAAGUGUACACAGUGCCGGAAACGGCAACUAUACUGUUGGGUGGUGGAGUGAAAUUCGCCGAACUGUCGCCCAAACAAGCGUACCAAUUCCAGAAAGAUGUCCUGCUGACCUUGCUAAGAAUCGAAACGGUACUGUUCAACCAAGCAAAUCUCUCAACAUCUGAACGUGUAUUGGUGAUAUGCGAUCGUGGUGCCAUGGAUCCCUCGGCGUACAUUAGUAAGGAGUGCUGGACGAAGAUACUCGAAGAACUCAAUUUGGAUCAGUUCAGCUUACGAGAGGAUAGGUACGAUCAAAUUGUGCAUAUGACCACUGCGGCGGAUGGUGCUGCGGAAUAUUAUACUCUUGCAAAUAAUGCGACAAGAAAGGAAGGUAUCCAGCAAGCAAUCGAGCAGGAUCGUCUUACUUGUGCUGCUUGGCUGGGGCAUCCUCGUGUCGAUGUGAUUGACAAUGUUGAAUGCAAGUCAUUUGAAGAUAAAAUUCUGAAGCUAAUUGCU